UAAAAUUUCAACGCGAGAAAUCAACUUGAAAAGUCAAACAAGGAUAACCUCUGCACGUCUUCUUCCACUUCCCUCUUUCCAAAACGCACCGUCGUCGGUGUCGAGGGACAAGGCUCACAUCGCGGUGCACUGUCGGCGGAGCUGUGAGAAGGUUGAAGAAAGAAUAUUAUGGCGGCGGCUCUGAAACUUCCAAUCAUAGACUUGUCUUCGCCGGACCGCCUGUCCUCCGCCACUUCAAUACGCCAGGCUUGUAUAGAGUAUGGCUUCUUUUACCUGGUGAAUCAUGGCGUUAAGGAAGAGUUGCUCACCAAAGUGCUCGAGGAAAGCAAUAAGUUCUUCUCAUUACCCUUGGAAGAGAAAAUGAAAUUGGCUCGGAAGGAACAUAGAGGCUACACUCCCUUGUAUGCUGAGAUCCUAGACCCUUCCUCAAACUCCAAAGGUGACCCAAAAGAGAGUUACUACAUUGGCCCUCUAGAAGAUUCUUCGCAUCAAAAGAAUCUGAACCAAUGGCCUCCUGAAGAUAUGAUGCCAUCUUGGAAAUCUACAAUGGAAUCCUACUUCAGAGAAGUAGAGUCUGUAGGGAGAAAGCUUCUCUCUUUGAUUGCUACGUCACUGAACCUGGAGAAUGACUUCUUUGAGAAAAUAGGGGCUUUAAACAAACCUAGCGCAUUCCUUCGUCUUCUACACUAUCCAGGUGAAGUAAUGAUUUCCGAAGAAGAAAUUUGUGGUGCAUCUGCACAUUCUGAUUAUGGAAUGGUCACUCUACUGGCAACUGAUGGAGUUCCAGGGCUGCAGGUCUGCAGAGAUAAAGAUAACCACCAGCGAUGCUGGGAGGAUGUUCCUCAUAUAAAUGGGGCAUUCAUUGUAAAUAUUGGCGACAUGAUGGAGAGGUGGACUAACUGUUUGUUCAGGUCAACACUUCACAGAGUGAUGCCAGCGGGACAAGAACGCUAUUCAAUGGCUUUUUUCUUUGAUCCAAACGAAGAUUGUGUGGUAGAGUGCUUAAAAAGUUGCUGCAGUGACUUGUUUCCUCCAAGGUUUCCUCCGAUUCGGAGUGGAGAAUACUUGAGAGAACGGUUCCGGCUCACAUAUGGAGCGUAGUUUAACUCUUGUCCAAGCAAACCGAAGUGUCCUACAUUAAACUAUUAUUUGGAGUGUCAAUAGUAACAUGACGUUCGACCGGGCAUUUCGACUUCUACUCUGACGCCAUACAUAUCUGGGUCCGCACAUGACCAGUACGAUGAUUAGGGUACAAUUUCACUUCGUUUCCUCCUUGUCUUCUCGGCUCUCCCCCUUGGUCGCAGCUCUCCUUCAUGCUAGAGCUUUCUCGCUCCCCACCUUGUUGAACCAGAGGUAAUCAGUUUCCGAUUUGGUCCAGUUCCUAGACAGUCCAAUGGAACCGGUCACAUAUGCUU